AUGUUAACUUCUUUUCCCCUUCUCCGUCUUCCUCGAUUGGUCCUGCGCGAGGUAUUCAGAUCAUUGAAUAUCGGUGAGAAAAUCCAGCUCUCCCUCUGCUCCAAGAAAAUCUCCACUCAAAUCUAUAAUGAUCGUUUAUACUCUGAAAAGGUUAUAGUCAAUCUGGACAUGAUCAACCAAGGAAUCAGAGUUCACUCUGAAAUUUACACAGAUGCAUUGGAAGUUUUCACUGAUCUAGAUAUCUGGGAAAUAAACUAUUCAAAUUCUGGAAGAAAUCAAGAAGGAUUUCUAUCUGUUAUUCGGCAUCUAUUGAAGAUGUUUCAAUGCAAGAUUUCAACUGAUAUUAGUACCCAAAAUAGUUAUUUCUAUGAACCAACUAUUUCUGAGUUGCUUGACCAACAAGUGGAGUUCAAGGCGCUCAAUAUCGUACUUGAUGGAUCAAAAGAUCAAAACUUGUUAUGGAAUCAGAUAUCCAGUAAUUUUGGAUUGGUUGAGAAUCUUAAAGUCAUGUCCAAUACUACUAAGCCUGGUUUCAGACCACUUUUCACUUCAUGGCCGCAGAAUAUUAAUAUCAGCACUUCCGCUUGGUUUACUCUGAAAUCUCUUUUGGCGUGCGCUUCCUCUAAAAUUACACUUUUGCAGUCUCAUCUGGAAAACAAGGAUCUGGAUGAAGUACUCAAGAAUUGGAAGGCUGGAGGAUUUCCGAAUCUAGAAUAUCUAUACGUCGAGAGCAAAAAUAUUACAAACAAUGGAACGACAAUUUUGGGAAUGAAUUUGAGGGAAUUAAACAGAAUGGUUAUCCAAACGGAUGAUGGAUCAAAGAAGGCAACUAUUGAAAUUCGCCCCUAUCGUAUUGAAAUGUCUGUGACUCCAUUUGAAUGA